GCUGAUUGAGGCGAUGGCGAGUGGCGGCGGUUCGGGUGUCGCGGCGAUGAGGGAGGAGGAGGCGGUGCCCGGGCUCGGCGGCUGCGAGGUGGAAGCAGAGGAGGAAGAAGUGGAGGAGGAGGAGCAGGAGGUGUUGGCGUUGGCUGGCCAGCUGAAGCGGCGCCUGAGGGGCUGGGAGGCGUCGCUGGUCGCCGUGCAGCGGUUGCUGGUCUGGGAGAGGCCGCCGCAGAGCCUGGCCGGGGCUGUCGCACUCGGAGCUGCUCUGUGGUUGUUUUCUUCUACAUCGCUGCGUCCCCUAUUCCUCCUCAGUGUUGCCCUUAUUGGCUUUCUGCUACUGGAGAGAUGGAAACCUCAUUUCCUGUUGGAAUUCUCAGCUCAGCCCUUGGAGGAGCCUGGAGGAGACAGUUACAGCGAGAUGGCAGGAGCACAACCUCACUUGCUGAGUGUCCCAGAGCUCUGUCAUUGCCUGGCUGAGAGCUGGAUUACAUUCAGGCUGUACCUGCAGGAGCUGUUACAGUACAAGAGGCAAAAUCCUGCCAAGUUCUGUGCCUGGGUCUGCUCAGGAUGCUUAAUCUUGGCUGUAGUAGGACACUAUGUUCCGGGAAUCAUGAUUUCCUACAUUGUCUUGCUCAGCUUCUUGUUGUGGCCGCUGGUGGUGUAUCAUGAGCUUAUUCAGAGGAUGUACACCCGCUUGGAGCCCGUCCUGAUGAAACUGGACUACAGCAUGAAGGCGGAGACUUUGCAUCUUAAACACGAAAAGAAAAGGCGUCAAGGAAAGCAUGAGCCAGAAGCUGGCAGUGAGCCAAUGGCAGAGACGGAAAGUGAGAGUGAAGCAGAACUGUCGGGUUAUUCCCCAGUGGUAGAUGUGAAGAAGACAGCACUGGCACUGGCAAUUACAGACUCUGAGCUUUCAGACGAGGAAGCUUCCAUCCUGGAGAGCGGAGGCUUUACUGUCUCCAGAGCAACCACACCACAACUGACAGAUGUGUCUGAAGAUCUGGAUCAGCAGAGCCUGCCCAGUGAGCCAGAAGAGUCCUUCUCCAAGGAUCUGGCAGAGUUCCCUUCUGUAGAAGAAUUCCAUUCUAGAGACUUGCAACCGCCUAGCGAGGAAGACAGCUUUGCAGUGCCUGCCCAAGCUGCCGAUCAGUUGGACUCUGCUGAGGAAGAAGCGGCAGCAGUUGGGAGUUCGGACACCUCUAUCCUGUGCCUGGCCUCACCCCUGCACUUUGUAAAUACGCACUUCAACGGAAAUGGGCAGGCAACGGUGGGAGGCGCUCCAGAGCCCCAGGCUGUCUCUGCAAAGGGCCUGGGGCUACACAUCGAUUCACUGAGCCAAGAGAUCGUUACCACCGCCAUCAGCACAGUGGUGCAGAACACCUUGUCAGCUCUGCUCCGCUCCUCUGAGGACAUCGAAGGGCCUUCUCUGUCAGAGUUCCUGCCCACUGAGCCAGAAGAGAGACUGAGCUUCCAGGCCCAAUUGUCUGAAAGUGAGGAGGCGGGGGCAACCUCUCUGCCAGAGGAAGAAGAAGAAGCCGAUGACUUUGAGCUACUUGAUCAGAGGGAGCUGGAGCAGAUGGAUGCAGAGCUAGGCCUUGCCGAAGAGGCAAAUGCUCCAGUGCAGUCCUCUAGCCCGCCUGAAGAGGAGCCCUUGUCUAGCUCCUAGGUCCUGCUGCGUUGCUGGUUUUCUGUAGCUGGAAGGAUGGAUGAACAGACAGCCGGAAGAGUUUGAUCAGUGGUGGUGAACCAUCCGCAUUCACAGUGUUAUGUUUGGAACAGUGAGUCCUCCUGACAUUGGCCUUCCCAUCAGGGCUCUUUGUCCAGCCCAAGCUUCCUAGUGAUGAUGCAGUCUUUUCGUCUGCUACUGCAGUCGUCUUCGUCUCUUGGUCCUCUGAUUUCCCCCCACCCCCACCCCCUGCACGCUGCAUUCUCAGCUACAUGUACCUGCUGCUCAUCCCUGCACACCCAGUAGGAAGUAAAGCAGUUUUACUGGAUAGAUAUGGGGGUGGGAAGGAUUUAAAGUGUAAAGAACUUUUUUUGGGGAGGAGGGGGAAU